CAAGAUGGCGGUAUAAACAAACAUGUUAAGACGAAACCCGUAGAAAAUAAGAAUUAUGCGGCAUCACUAGAUUGAGGACCAAAGAACAACAGUUCAUCCUGAUGUAAAAUAACAAAAUAAAAUAUCACCAUGAAUUGUGAAGAUCCACUGUCAUGGAAAGAUCUGGCAGAACAAAAAGAAAGGGAGUGGAAAGAAUUUACUCACCGAAGAAUUGAAUCGCUAGAAGCCGCAUUUAAACAAAAAGAUAAAGAUCUUUCUGAAGAAAAAAACAAAUUUCAGAAGCUGAAAGAUGAUUUUAAAUAUAAUUUUAAGUUAUUGCAAGAGAGAGACCAAGAAUUAGAAAGGUAUGACGCUGUACUUACAAACUUAAAAGCUGAUGUCAACAACAAAAAUUCGGAAAUAAGCGAAUUGAAAGUGCAGGUGGAUGAGAUGCGUACACAGUUAAAACAAGAACAAAAAGGCAGAGAAGAAUUGCAGAUACACUAUCAACAACGUCUAAAGGAGAAGCAAGCAGAAGUGGAUUCAUUUCGCCACAAGAAAGAGGCAGAGUUUGGAGAAGAAAGAAAAGAGUUUGAAGACUUUAAAAGAAAUCUUGAACAGAAACUUACUAAAUUAGAUGUAGAGAUGGAUGUACAAAAGAGAGAACUAAAUGCUGGAUUUGACGAGGCCAUGAAGAAAAGAGAAACAGAAUUUAGACUGAAGGAAGAUGAAAUGAAUGCCAAAGUUCUAGAGUAUGACUUGAAGGCAAAACUUCUUGCCAAGGAAAUAGAGUACAUGAAGGUAAAUCAAAAACAGGUUACGGAUAACUUUAGUGAAGCAGAAAUUAAUAGUCGUCUGCUGGAGAAGAAAGUUAAAGAAAAAGAAUGGGAGAUUGCUGAUCUUAAGGCCAUGAAAGAUGCUAAGAUUGAAGAUCUAAAUGUUCAGCUAAAGCAGUAUGAGGUCAACAUGAAAAGGAAGGAAGAUGCCUAUGAAAAUAAACAUGCUGAGAUGGAUAGAUGUUUACGAGAAAGAGAAGAAGCCUUAUCUAACUUAAAAACAGCUUACAAUGAAAGAGAACAAAUAUUAAAUGGUGACAUUCGAAAUUUACAAUCAAAGCUUGAAUCUGCAGAAAUCCAAAUCAGACAAUUACAGUGGACUAAUCAAGAUCUAGCAAAAGAAAAAGAAAUUCAAACCCAAAAUUUAUCUGAAGAGUUGAACUGUCUUCAGGAAAAAUGGAAUAAAAAUCUAGCAGACAUGUCAGCAAGUCAAGUUUCUAGGGACCUUGAAAUGCACUGUCUGCGUGAAAAUGACAGUAAAUUAAAAACGGAGAUCUUACAAAAGGGGCAUGAAAUCGAGAAAUAUAAAAAGGAGCUAGCUGAAGCCUCAGAGAGAGAAGCUGCAUUAAUAAGAAGUAAGACCCAGUUAGAGUUGGAUUGGCAGAACAGAUUCGAAGAAGCUGUAAGCUCACAGUAUGGGAAGUCUGAAGACUUAAUGAAAAAAAUGGUUACAGCGAAAUAUGAGAUGGAGAGCGGACAAUCACAAGAAAUAAAACAACUGAUACAGCAAAAUCAUAAUCUGAAAGAGGUCAUCAGUCAAAUGAAACAACAAAUGCAAAUGCUGGGAUACACGAAUGGUAGUCAAAGAAACACCAACAACAAAGACUACACCAAGAGUCUUGAAGAACAAAUACUUAAUCUCAAACAGCAGAUCAGGCAACUACAAGAUCACCAUGUUCAGGAUAUUUCAUUUAAUGUUUCAAACGAUUUAGACAGUGAAAUCUUACAGUCACCAGAAGUUAGAGACAAUAUUAUGGUGAAAGACUACAUUCGGUCACUGAAUGAACAAAUACGCAUUCUGAAAAGUGAGAAAUCAGAAUAUAAUGUCAAAUUUAAAAAAUUGGAAUCCAGACUGGACAACAUUGAAACUUCUUCAAUGACUUCGAAAAUAAUGCCACAAGAAGACUUGAUAAUUGAACAAUUACAAGGUGAGGAUAUAAAUCUGAAGAAAGGAAUUCCUGAGUCUCACAAUUUCUCACAAUCUGAUGUUGAUAAACAUGAUUUACAGAGAAAACUUAGAAAGGCUGUAAAACAUAUUACACAGAUAGCUAAAGAAAAACAACAACUGAUCGAGGUAGGCAAUCGAUUACGAGGAGAAUUGAAAAAAGCUGGUAUAACACAAACCACUCCUGCCGUGUCUACAGGUUAUGCUACUAAUCAAGUACCGUUUAAUCAAUUAUCAAAUUCUCUAACCUCACACAACCCUUCUCGAGUGACUCAAGAAUCAUUAAAUAAACUAAACCAGCUGGAAAAGCUUCAAUAUCAACUAACUAAACAAGAAUUACAAUUCGCUCAGAAUUUUUCCCCACCUAGGGUUACAGACAGUGUACAGUCUUCCGAAGUAUAUUAUGGACGUCCUUCCAUUCUAAAAAAAUCAUUGUCUUCCCAAGAGGUUAACAAAAGUGCUGAGACAAAUGGUAGCCAUUAUGAUGUAGAACCUGUGUUGUCAAGUGUUCAGUCGAUGGGAGGAGAAUCAAUACAAGAAGUCUGGAGGAUGUUGGAUGAUGGUGCUAGUCCGAUACCUAGUGUAAGGACCCCUAGAUUUUUAUCAAACCAAUCUAAGCCAGAUGUCAAAGAGAGACCUGAUCCAAAUAGAGAAUUAACAGUAGAGGGGAAGAAAGCAGAACUGAAGUUAGAAGAGAAACGAGCACAAAGUAGACAAUUUACAAUUUCACAAACAAACAAAUUAAAACCGUCCAAAAAACCUCAAGUGAGAAACUAUAAUAUGAGGUAACAAAAGGGAAUAUUGUGUAUAAAAUUAUUUAAUCUAUGUGUCCAGUAGUGUGUAACUUUGGAUCUGAUAUUGGCAAAAUAUGGAAAUUAGAAUAUAAGCUUAUUCUAUUUCCUCAGGUCAGUGACUUAGUAUACAUGUGGCAUAAACAGUAGGUACAGUGCAUUUGCAGUAGUGUCCAAAAUAAUUUUUCGUCUGUUAUUUACAAGUCUUCAUCAUAAUGUAUCAGAACUGAGAGUAUAAUCAACAGAAUAUAAUUAUUAAUAUUU